AUGCAGCUGAGCCGCCCUUGUCUCUUCCCCGCCUUCACCGUGACGGUGUGUCUGCUGGCGCGCGCCGCCAGAGGCCGUCUUCCCUCUAGUACUGCGUCUGCUGCUGCUGCCGCCGUUCCUGGUUCGAUGCGGCCUGGCAGCUUGGCGGCGUUCCAUCCUGCCAUUGCGCAUUCGUGGCUGACCGCCGCCGCGAACAAGUUGCUGCAACCGCAGCACGUCCUUCCGACGAGCCGAAAACUUGCGUGGUGGCGCUGCCCUCACUGCAGCUACGAGCACAACAGGCGCAUCGACCUCCACGUGGCGGCUGGUGGCGCAUGCCCGAAGUGCAGCCGCAUGCCGACACUUUUGCGCGACCGCGGCGAACAGGCGGCCGGCGGGGGCGCCGCGUUGCAUGUGAAGCACCGCUGCCGCCCCGACAACGCGCUUGCAGUGCUGGCGGCGCCCAACGCAAAUCGUGUGAAGAGCAGCAUCGCUGACGACGGCUACCUGCGCGUGGUGGAGAAACGCAACCUGCAGCCGAUGCUCGCACGCACCUACACGAAGGAGGCGAGGCGGAUUGGCGAGAAUGACGCUCUCUUCGUGUCGCCAAAACUUGACGGUGUUCGCUGCGUUGUCGCAUGGAAUGCACGGGAGCAGCAGCUGUGCUUCUUCAGCCGCUCUGGUACUCUUUUCGAGUGCUGCGACCACCACAUUGAGCCGAUGCUGCAGCCGCUCUUUGUGAAGGACCCGCUGCUUGUGCUUGAUGGUGAGCUGUACAACCACGGCGUCGACGACUUUGAGCAGCUCGUGUCGGCCAUCCGCACCUCGCGGGAGCGCCGCACACCAGCGGUGGCGCGGCAGCAGGAGCAGCUGCAGUUCCAUGUAUUUGACAUCAUGUACGCAGGCACGCUGCCAGACAUGUCCACUGUGCCCUUCUCACAGCGGUAUUCACACCUCCGCAAACUGAUAGCGACGCUCACUCCACCACGUGGCCAACGACACAGCAGUAAGGCAGUACAAUUAGUACCUGCAAAGCCGGUGAGGAAGACCGAGAUUGAGCGCGAACUUCAGCUGGCGCUGGCGGAUGGAUACGAAGGCAUUAUUGUUCGUUGCGAUGGUACCGUUAGUGAAGCCGACAACAGCAGAGGAAAAAGGAACAAGAGCAGUGGUAGUAGCGGCGGCCGUGGUGGUUCAGCCACAGUCGGCUACGCCUAUGGUGCCCGCUCACCGAACCUGCUCAAGUAUAAACUCAUGCAGGACGACGAGUACGUCAUCGUCUCGGGGAUAGAGGGCCGCGGCAAGUGGAAGGGUUGCCUCGGCGCCUUUGUCUGCAGCACGAAGGGCGGCCACCUCUUCACCGUGGCGCCUGCCACGACGGAGGAGACGAAGAAGAACAUGUGGCGGCGCCUCACACAGUACAAGGGGAAGCUGUUGACGGUGCAGUACCAGGAGUUGUCGGCGAGUGGCGUCCCACGAUUUCCUAUUGGGAAGUGCGUGCGGGGAUCGAAGGGGGGAAAGGACUGGAUCUGA